UGUCAAUCUGACAUGUAGGUCAGUAGCUUGGAUAAUGGCUACCUAGUAAAAUCACUUUCUUCUGUUCGGGCUCCUAGGCAUCAUCUCGGCCAACUGAUCGGGAAAUUUUAGCAUGAAUGAUUUAGAUUUCUGCUUCAAAUGGACCAGUGGCUAACUAGCCUGUACUAGUCCUGAAAACGGCGAAACCUCAGUUUACCGAACUUUCUUUUUAACAUAUGGACAUUCGGAGCUUCAGUCACAUACUUAGGUCAAGAUUUCCAUUAUUUGGCGAUUCAUUGUGAGAAUCGGUAGUCAGCGUAAAGUUGAAUAAAUGGAAACAUUGUUCACUAUCGCUAUGGAAUAUUUGUAACAUACCUUCGUUGGAGAAAUUUUAAAGUUCAAACAGGUAUGGAAGAGUCAUCUGGAACAGAAAGCCUUAUCGCAAACGAAACCUUAAGCACUGAAAUGACCAACAACGGACGGAAACCUGACCAUAACAUUAUCCUACCUAAGGAUAACCAUAAGCCACGUUCUGCAUUAUCUGUACGUCAUCGUCGGAAGCGGUCUCAUGUGUCACCAUUAUCCCAGUCUGUGAAUGCAGUUAAUCACAUAGAAUCACCUUCAUAUGGAGAAUAUGGCUUUCCAUCGUUAAAAGAUCAUGUUGAGAUUGUAGGAUCGACAGAUGAAGACACUGUACUACUUAGUUGCAAUCCUGAACAUUUUUUACAUAGUCAGUCAACUCUCAGUGAAAAAUCUGUGGACUCUCUAAAACUCACUAAACUUGAUCCAGAAUUCCGUGACUUGAUUUCACGUUAUGUCUGCUCAGAAUAUGUAGUUCAUUGCCUUGAGCUAGCAGGUUUUUGUACGCCAUAUGUUGUUGCUCGACUAGAUGAUCAUCAGUUGCAGAGGCUCGAAACGUUUGUUGGACAUGCUUGCUCGAUUAUGAAGUCAGUUACCUUAAGAGAGCAUUUCGUAGGUCCCAUUUUCGCAAAUGAUCCAUUAAAGUUUAAACUACCCUCAGGUGCUGCUUGUGGAAUUCUGUUGGCCGCGCACGAAAUACGUCGGAGAUAUCGUCAGACUCAGUUACCUUUAGAGGGUCCAAAUUCCAUUGAUGAGGAUAUCAUAAUUGUCCCAGACUCAUGUGAUCAGAGCUUCAAUGAUAUGGGUUGUCAAACAGAUUCCUCAAUGUCCCACUUGAUUUCAUCGACAUUUUCACCACCUGUCACUCAAGCUGACCCAUUACCAAGCAAUGUUAUGGAAACCUCAGAUUUAACAUCUCCUAGGUCGGUGGUAAAUCCGACGUCGAGAAACUACUUUUCAGAUUCUCCAAACCAUUCACGAAUGUCAGAACCAGCUGCUCCAUCCUCCAAUGGGUCAGCAGUAAUCAUGGCCGCUGCUCUGCAAGCUGCUAUGAGUGGGAAUGGAUACAACAAUAUCACUUUAUUUUCUAAUUCCUUACCUGGUGAUAACAGUUUAAUAUCACUCCCUGGUUUAAGUAGCUGCAACUCUGGGGAUACUAACAUCUCACCUGUUUCAUCACGUAAUACGAUCCCAAGUUCGAACAUGCCCCCAAGUGCCAUCACAACAAAUACUAUACCAUCUCAUUCUAACUCUGUGAUCAGUUCCUUUGUGAUCGGAAGUGGGAAUGGAUUAUUUGAAAACGAGGGAGUCAAUCUAGAGCGCCUGAAACAGCAUUCUUCAGCUAGUGCAAUCAGGUUAGCAUCACGACAAUUUGUUAACGCUUACCUUAUGCGUGGUCGAGAUUUUGAUAUGGAAAUGGAAUUGUCAGUGACACCUGAGGGUUUUAAGCGUGUUACUGGUAUAUUUUAUUGUCAUCUCUGCAGAGAGAAACGUGAACGUACAUCAGCUGUACGCUUUUCUAUAGCUCGCAACAGGUAUCCAGUUUUGAGUAAUGUAUUAUCUCACUUAAAAACACAUUUUCACUAUCGGGGUCAAACGUUAUCAGGAUUGCACACCACAGUUACCCAACAACCUCAGAACUUACUCAAAUCAGCUACUAUGCUUAAUGACCCUCUUAUUGCAGAAGGUUCAGAUCAGUCUCCAGGACCAUUCAGCAGUUUGAAUCAUCGCACGGAUUUAAGAAUGGAACAUACAAUUAAUUCAUCUAAUACACCGCUCCUACCCACGUCUGUUUCGCUUAAUCAGUGUCAAAUACAAAUGAAACCUGAGCCAGGAAAUUACAUGUAUACUAUUGGAGCUGAGAGCAUUGAAGGCUCUAGUUCUGUGAAUCACAUUUUUGACAGUUUAUCUCCAUCACAUAGGUUAAACUCACCCAAUACUAAGGAUCCUUCGCCUAAUCGAGGUUUGGAACUUGAAGUCAUUAUCCCAUCGCGACCAAAUAUAGGUUCUAGUAGCCAGUGUAAUACACUGACUUCCUAAUGAGCACCUCAAUUUCCCUUCAUAAGUAUGUCAUUCUCAAGUUAUGGUAACCAAUAUGCCUAUCCCAAAUAUUUUUGUAAGCGUUGAAACUCCGAACAUUUAGACAAAGUUUAGCAUUUUUACCUAUUUCAUAUAGAAAAUUUUAUGUAAAUACCAGUAGUUCACUGUGAUCUAUAUUCGGAUAAUAGUUUGUACAUUUGUAUAUACAUUCUUUCAUUAAUUUCUCAGUUAUCCUUCGUUUUUGC